ACAGAAUUCCUUUCUCGCCGAAAAUUUCAAAGGCUUGUCGGAAAAUGUUGGCGGUUUUCGAGAAAUCGAUCGGAAAUCCGCCGGCGGAGCUGAGAAUUCCGUCGGACCCGCAAGAGAAGCCGAAGACCCGAGUAGAAACGGCGGAGAUGUUCCGGUCUUCGUGGCCCGGUAGCACGUUUUACAACCUUUGUAACGGGAAUUUCAUGGCCCUCUCACAUGCAAAUGAAAAUCCAUUGCACCCAAGGUCGAUCGUCGUGAUGGAUGAUGUGUUUUGCAUCUUUGUCGGAAAUCUAGAGAACGUUUGCGACCUUAGACGACAUUACGGGCUUUCUCGGCACACAACAGAAGCAAUGCUAGUGGUGGAAGUGUUUCGAGUUCUCCGCGACCGGGCACCUUACCCUUCUGAUCAAGUCAUCAAAGACCUCGCUGGCAAGUUCGCAUUCGUCCUCUUCGAUGCCAAGAAUGGUACUCUCUUCAUAGCCAGGGAUCGAGAGGGAGGCAUUAAGCUCCAAUGGGGCAUAGCCGGCGACGAAUCAUUAGUAUGUUCUGAUGACCCGAAGAUCAUGUCGGCGGUGUGCGGAAAGUCGUACGCCCCAUUUCCACCAGGGUGCAUUUUCUUGAAUGGGAGUGGAUUGGCGAGCUUCGAUCAUCCUCUAUAUAAGGUUAGGGCGAUCACACGCGAAGACGAUGAUGGCCAUGUGUGUGGGGUUAUCUUCCAAGUAGACCUCUACGUGCGACGGCCGAGCAUCCCGCGUGUAGGCAGCGCCACGAACUGGGCCGACGCCACUCUUGUGAAGGGAGAAUAGGGUUGGGAUCGAAGAUCGGUGGAUCGUCUCAGCGCCAUGGAUACAAGUAGUCAAAUGCAUGCAAGGUGACAAGCAUAUAUAUAAAUAUAUAUC